GGGGACGUGGAAUAACGGUUAAGCGCUGAUCAGGUGAUCGCUUUUUGAGAUUGUAAAAUGUAAUGCAAGUUUGCAACGUUUCAAAGUUACUGGCUCUUCCUGGUACCGUUUGGCGCGAUGCACUCCUUCUUCACCCGUAUAAAUAACGUCUCUGCUCUCCUCUCGUCAUGUACCAUGGCGCUCCUGGCAGCGAUCACCAUAGCCUCAUUGCUUCAAGAGGCGAUAUAUCCACCGCAAAUCAAUGGUCAAAUCAGUAUGAAGCCCGUGAAGGUGUUCAAUGCUAAAACACCUCGGCAAAGACGCAAACAGGAAAUGGGCUUCCUUAAUUUUAACAUGACUGCAGAUCUUACACCGUUGUUUACGUGGAAUACGAAGCAACUCUUCCUCUCAUUGGAGGCAGAGUACGAGAACGCUCAAGGGGUCAACAACACUAUCGUACUGUGGGACCGUAUCGUCCGUCGCCCGGAAGAUGCUCGCGUGAACGUCGUCGGGGCAAAAAAUAAAUACGCGUUCAAAGAAAUCGGAGGAAAGGGCUUUAGUAAAGGUGCCGCCGGUACUGCCUCCUACGCAUUGAAGUACAACCUGAUGCCCUACGUGGGGAUGCUCCGCUAUGGAGAAGCGGCAAGGCUAUCUGAUGUGUCAUUCGACGUGAGGGAGGAGCUUUGAUGGUGUUCUCUGCUAGUCCACUGGUGUUAAAUUAUCUAUCAAAUGCUUCAUACCGAGGACGUAUCAAUUUCUGUGAGACCCUCACCCCUCCUUUGAUUGCCAGAACGCACUUUCUCUCUCAACCUGCUAGCUGGAUCGAAACUCAUGUAUCAUCUAAAGUGAACGCCCCAUGGCUAGAUUGUCAAUUUCUUCACUUUCAAAUGUGUCUGCAUGUUCAAAUAAAAAAGAUUCUUACCUCUUAAUACAUAGUAAACCUAAGGCAUAAGA